AGAGCGCCGAGGUCCGCGAGUGCGCCUGCGCGGGGCUGGCCCGGCUGGUGCUGCAGCGGCCGGCUCUCCUGGGCCUGGCGCGCCGAGACGCCGUGCGCGGCUGCUCCUGGACCCCAGCCUGGCCAUCAGGGAGACUGCAGCCGGCGCGCUGAGUGCUUGUGGAGGUUUUGAAGUUUGUGAUGACAUGGUGACUAAGGAUAUCAUGACCCCUCUGGUUGUGCUGCUAAAAGAGUGUAGUACUGGACCGGAUUCAAAUGAGAUGUCCCUGCAGGAGAAAAAAGAUCAGAACAGAAAUUCUAUUGAAAACAUAGCCAAUGAGGCUGUGAACGUGCUGUGGAAUAUAUGUGAAUGCAGUAGUAGAGCAGUGUCUAUAUUCAACAAAGAAGGGUGUUUGGAGAUUGUGUUAAAGUAUUUAAGUAGGUUUCCUACCAGUGUUGACCUGGCUAUUUCAGUAGCAUAUUGUUUGCAGACAGUGUGACUGAGGAUAACCCAGAGCUGCUGAAGUCUUUCAGUGCUACAGCAUUGAACGUACUGGAAUCAGCACUGCUUUCUCCUGUCAGUUCCAUGGAAUCCCUUCUAUUGAAGACAUUGGUAGCAGGCACAAUUUGGAGUCUAAAGGACAUUAUUCCAUGCAAGAGUCAAGCAGAAAUCAUAAAUGCCUUACUGAAGAUCUUAUCUGAAGUUUUGGGAAUGGAUGCUGGUGAAACAGUUAUUCAAAUUAAAGAGACUGAAACGCAAAGGUUAAAAACUGCUGCAGAGGCUGAGGAAAUAUUAGAGAACACUAAUGGGGAUGAUUUGAUUGAAGAUGAUUAAAUGGAAGGAAUUUCUCAUAAGAGAAAAGUCAGAAGGAAAACUUUCGUUUCAGAUUUA